UCCGGCGUAGACCGGAAGUUUUUCCAUGCAGCGUUCCCGUUCAUUCAGCGGACGAUUCCCGGUGUGACGUCAAACGAAAGAGAUGACGCGUGAUGUGGAGUCACGUGAUGAGCUCCCGGAUUGGGCCGGAGCCAAAGAAUUUUACCAGAAAUAUGACCCGAAAGAGGUCAUCGGGAGGGGGGUUUCCAGUACCGUGCGACGGUGCGUACACAGAGAGACCGGUAGAGAGUUUGCUGUGAAGAUCAUAGAGGUGACACCGGAAAGGUUGAGCCCAGAGCAGCUGAGGGAGGUGCGACUGUCCACGGCCAAGGAGAUGGAGAUCCUGCAUCACGUGUCUCAUCAUCCCUACAUCAUAACCCUGAUUGAUUCCUAUGAAUCGAACACAUUCAUAUUCCUGGUGUUUGACCUGAUGAAGCGAGGGGAGCUCUUCGAUUAUCUGACGGAGAAGGUGACUCUAAGUGAGAAAGAGACAAGGUAUAUCAUGCGCUCCCUGCUCGAGGCUGUCUCUUACCUGCACACUAAUAACAUUGUGCAUCGAGAUCUGAAACCAGAGAAUAUUCUGAUGGACGAUUGCCUGAACAUAAAGCUUUCAGAUUUUGGCUUUAGCUGCAUCCUAAACCCCCCAGAAAAGCUGAGAGAGCUCUGUGGAACUCCUGGUUAUUUGGCUCCUGAGAUUCUGAAAUGUUCAAUGGAUGAAACGCACCCGGGAUACGGCCAUGAAGUUGAUUUGUGGGCUUGUGGGGUGAUAAUGUUCACGCUUCUCGCUGGGUCUCCCCCUUUCUGGCAUCGGCGGCAGAUGUUGAUGCUGCGCAUGAUUAUGGAAGGACGUUUCCAGUUUGGCUCCCCGGAGUGGGAUGAUCGCUCUGCAACUGCUAAGGAUUUGAUCACGCGUCUUCUGGAGGUUUGUCCAGAGAAACGUCUCACAGCAGAACAAGCUCUACAGCACCAGUUCUUCCAGAGCCAUCAGAGAGAGCGAGGCUUGAUGGUCCCUCCACGUCACCGAUUUCGGAUAGCGGCCUGGGCAGCUCUGGCCUGUGUGCGGAUCGUGGUGCGGUGGCGCAGAGCCCGUCCGGUGACCAGCGAACUUCUAAGCAGAGAUCCGUAUAGCGUGAAAGGCGUCCGGAAACUAAUCGAUGCCUGUGCUUUCCGGAUCUACGGUCACUGGGUGAAAAAGGGAGAAAGACAGAACCGGGCCGCUCUCUUCCAGAACCAGCCCAAAGCUCUCUUACUGACACUGGGGGAGGAUGACGACCGAGAGGCUGAGCUGUGAAGGAUCGUGGAGACAGUACAUUCCCGGUUAACACGUGAAGCGUGUUAACUCCAUACUCCGUCCACGUUCUGACCUCCAAGAAUCACAGAGGAAAGCGGGGACCACCGCAGACCGCAGCCUCCCUCCUAGCGCGGUCAAGGGUUGGGGUGCAAAUACCCAAAUUCCCGCGCAGGCUGCCGUAGCUUGAGGCUUUUUUUAUUUGACUGUUUUCUGUUACUUUAAUAAAAUGGGAGCCUCGUCUCUUUCCUGAUUAUAA